UCUUGCUCCGUCAAUAAUAAAACAAGCUUGAACCGAGCUUCGAUCGAAUAUCAAAUUUUAUAAUUCACGUUUAAACGCAUUUAUACAUGUGUUUGCUUGAGUCUAGCUUGUCUUACAUUUUUCAUGUUUGUCUAGAGGCGGUAAUCGAUUUGUUCAAUUGGAAUGAUGAAUCAGACAACAUUUAUAAAUGCUUAAAUUAAUAAAUACAAAGCAGACGAGUGACGUGCAGAAAGCUUCUGCUACUCCGCCGAUAAAAUUGCAAACAUUUUUUUCUAUCCUACUGGUGACGACUGCGACGAUGGGGAUUGAGGAAGAAUCAAUAAAUAACAUCUGAACUUUUAGUUCUCACGACUCCAAGUUAUUCGAAUUCGAUUAAGUACAGAUGAGACGUAUUUAAUAACAAUUUCGAACUGUAAUCGAUCCAAGUAUGCAUUGAUAUAAAGAUUGAGGCGACCUCAUCAUUUGAUUGCAAACUACAUUCUAUAUACUUAUCUUAAUAUACACAUACACAUAUGAGACCGCACAGUGAGCACGCACAGGCACAAUUUACAAGCACACAGCGACGUUAAGUGGUCAUAUGAUCGGUGUCUGCUUCGCCCAUCGGUUCUGUACUGUCGUUGGACUGUGUAGCUAGCUUAGGACACUUCCAAAGCAAGUUUUCUGCAGUAUUAAUCAGGAUGAUCGCAACAAUUUUUGCGGCCUUGGCUGCUUUUGUUGUUUUGGUGCAAGGCAAUGGUGAUUUUGUAGUAUUACACACUCCAGACAAUGUUAUAUUCAAGGGAAGUAAGGAAAUUGAUCAAAGUAAUCUUAAGGAAGUAUUUUCAGCUGCUCUUGGUUACACAGUGAAGCAUCAGAAACAAUCUUGGAGUGGAUUGUCUAUCACUAGCCCAUUUGACCUCCCUGAGGCUGUUGUUGCAAUAGCUGUAGAAGGUGUUGAUUCUUUAGGAGCUAUUAAAGGCAAAAAGUACCCACUAUUGGCUGAUGAGGUUGAAGAAGCUACAUGGCAGAACUUGAGAGGAAGAUUAGAACAAAGGGAUAACGAUAAUUUACUUGUUAGGAUUUACCUUGGUGAUGGACUCGAUGCCUUGGGACAAUCUGCUUUGGGAGAAUUGAAACCAACUCCAAUUGACGAAUCUCAAUUAAAAGCUCUGAGCUCUAAAAAUGAACAAGAUCACACAUUUUUGGAAGAAGUACAAUUGUUGCGUGCUAUUGCCAAAAAAGUACCAACUGCAGUGACUGCUGAUAAUAAGCCAGACGUUUAUUGGUUGGUUGUUUCGGGAUUAAAACCUAUUUUUGAAGCUUAUGGUAAGAACUCUGUUGCUGCCAAGGAAGCUCUAGCUCUUUUGAAUGAAGCAUUGCAUGAAGUCAGUAAAGCUUUCAUGGAUGUUUACAAAAAUCAGGUUCUUAUAACUGCUUUUACCAAUGAUCCUAGUCAAGUUCAUUCAGCUAGACCAAAGAGACAGGUCUCCCCUGGCAAGAGUAAUUUUACUCCUGAAGAUAUAAAUAUAGCUCAAACUAAUGAAGAUUAUCCAGUUAUUUUUAAUAUUUGCUUGUGGUUUGGAGUUGCUAUUUUUUUUGCUCUUCUGGCCAUAUGCAUUUCAAUUGCUGAUAUGGAUCCAGGACGUGAUUCUAUUAUUUACAGAAUGACUUCGAAUAGAAUGAAAAAAGACAACUAAACAUUGUAAAGGAAUUUUGGUUGAACUAAUAAUAAUAAAAAUCAGCAAACAUUAUUGUUAUUUAAACGGCUUCAACAGAGGCAUUUUGAAAUUACAUAAAAAUUCUCCAUAUCAAUCUAUUCAGAAGUUGCUAAGAGAAAUACUUAAUGUACAUACUCUCACAGCAAAGAACAUUUAUACAUAAGCAAAAAUAUGAAUAUAUUCUGAGAAUGAAUGUGUGGAAAGUGUUAAAAGAGUACUUGAAAAUAGACAUGCGAGUCUUGGUCUGAGUAUAUCAAAUUCAAUAUUAUAUCAACACAGGUUCACGCACAGAACAAUAUAUUAUACAUAUACUCAGGUAAAACUCAGUUGAAAUAAUAAUUUCUGUUCAAUUCUAACUUAAAAGACUUUGCAUGUGGCAAAGACUUUUGUUUUAGCUUUAUAAGUAUAAUUAUUUAAAUUAAAAAAAUGUAAAUUUAUUAUGUAUGAAAAAAGUGUGAAAUCAUCCACAUUAUAGCUUGAGUGUUAAAUA